AUGUCUGCUCACACAAGAUUGUCUCCAAGUAUUGCGGAGACUUCAGAGACCGAACUCAUAUCGGGAACUGAAUCCUUUUCAUCUGCUGAUAACCAUAAUCAGAGGGCAAUCCAGCAAGAGUUGAUUGAUGCCUCAAUAGAUUCACUUUUUGAGCAACUUUCACAAGAACAAAGCAAGUCCGUCAUACCCGACGCUAAACUAGACAAUGAUGAUGAAUUCAAAAAGAUCCACAAGUAUAUAAACAAGUUACCUAAAUUGCAAAGCAAGUUAGAAGACAAGCUCAGCUCAUCAAGCUCCGGGUCACGUGACAGCGUUAUCAAAUUCGAUGAUCCCGUAGACGUUGCAACCCAAGCCAAGGCCAAGAAGAGCAACGAGGUCACUGACGCUGGGUCUAGGUGGUUUAAUAUGAAGCAGCCGGAAUUGACUGCUUCCGUUAGAAGGGACUUGCAGGUUAUCAAGCAGAGAGCUGCAUUGGACCCCAAGAGACACUAUAAGAAGGAAAAGUGGGAGAUACCUAAGUACUUCGAGAUGGGCACUAUCAUUGAAGGUAACACGGAAUUCUAUUCCUCCAGAAUGAACAGAAAGGAUAGAGGAAAGACAUUGGUUGAGGAAGUGUUGAAUGACAAUGAUUCAAAGAAGUAUUUCAAGAGAAAGUACAGUGAGAUUCAGGACAAGAAGACCAGCGGUAGAAAGGGUCACUACAAGAAGGUCAAAGACAUGAGAAAGAAGUUUUAG